UCAGACCGGAAAUAGGACAAGAGCUUUACCUGCUUUCAAAGCGAAAGGCAACCGCGACCUUGAUUAAGCGCAUGUCACUUAUUCGAGCGGUGUGUCCGCACUGUUCAUGCCCGAGUUAAAAUGGUGGUAGUGGAUGUUCAGUACACGAAGGUAGCCACAGAAAACCAGGAUGAAAUAGAAGCCGAGCGCGCGCACGAGGACAGCGAUGAAGAACAAGUGACAGUCUACUUCACGCAGCCUAAAGAUAGACUGCAGGGAACAACAGGAAAGAGGCUCACAUGUUUCCGUGUCUCAGUGGCUCUGUUUCUGCUGGGUAUCGUCUCAGUUUUUGCACUUCUUCAGUGGUAUGAUUGGUGGCCUGAUUCUGAAGGGUUUUACAAUGCAGAAAGGAAUACGAAGAACAUUUCAAAGGAACAGGAAGAACAUCAUCAUGACACCGCCAUAGAUGAUGAUGAUGAUGAUCAUAAAAUGGAGAAGAACCUCACCACCAUGUGCACACUGCACUGUUCCACCAUGCUGUUGUCUUGACAGCUUCCGGUUUGGAUAUUUUUUCUAAGAUUAGUGCAUUUGUGCCAAUCAACAUACAUUUUGAGACGGUUUAGCUUCUGACUGUUUUAACGAGGCAAUGUUGUUGCUAUGUGCAGCCAACUGUUCCAGCAUUGGUAAGACACUUCUCCAGGAGGGAGGAAACGUGGUGGAUGCAGCUAUCGCUUCGCUGCUUUGCUUGGGAGUCGUCCACCCACACACAGCUGGAGUGGGCGGUAUAUUCUCAGCCGUCCUGUACAACAGCACAUCAGGCUCACUCAAGACAAUACAUUCAGUUGCACACCAAAUGUCAUCCACUACCUUCGGAAUCCCAUCUAUUCUGCAGGGCAUUAAAGAACUCCACUCUCACUGGGGACAAUGUGAAUGGAGGCAACUUUUCAAAGAAGCCGUAACGCUUGCUCAGGACGGGUUUCUCAUAGAUGAUGUCCUUGGCAGGGCGUUGGAAAGCCAUAAGGAGGAAAUACUCCUAUCCAAGCUGUGUGAUCUGUUCUGUGAUGCGCCCGGCAGCAUGAAAUCGGUGGGUGCGAUGGUCCAAAAUCCGAAUCUGUCAGAGCUUUUGCAGCGCGCCAGCCAGAAUGAGAACAAUUUCCUAGAAACGCUGGCCGUGAAAUUGUCCGAAGACCUCUCCCCGAGUGAGAGGCCAGCCUUCUUAGCCGCCAUUCAGCACAGCCGUGGAGAAAUCAAUGACUCUCUUAUCAUCGAGGGAGAGAAAUAUUCUGUCCUUUCAGCCGCUUUGCCUUACGCAGCCCAGAUGCUAUCUGAUAUAUUAGAGCGAGUCAGGCAGCAAAGCCUCUCCUUUCGGAAUGGUGCAGAUUUUAACAGGACCUUUGCUUCCUACAGUGCUCUCUUACCCUUGAUUCAAGAACGCAACAAUUCAUCCCUGGAUGAAAAGUAUCCGGGCCUCCUAGACACAUAUUCGCUUAAUACUCAAAACAGUCACAUUGCUGUGCUGGAUAAAUAUGGUAAUUAUGUAAUUAUGUCAGCCUCACUCAACAGCACAUGGGGAUCCGGGCGAUUUUUGCCAUCCAGUGGAAUUCUCCUCAACAGCUUCACCAGAAACAUCUCAAACUCACCUUACUUAAACAUUCCAUUGCUUCUAAGACUCACCAAGAUGACUACUCUCAUGAUGACAACACAGAAGUCAAUGAAGAACAAAAUGAAGUAGAAGUUUUGGCCAUUACUGGGGGGCUUUCAGCUUUAUUUAAUGCUGCUCUUCUUUUGCACUGCAGGAUUGACUUAGGAAUGUCUUCGAAAGAAGCUAUUAGCAGCCCUCUGGUCCAUUUAGAGCCGGGAACGUCAUCUGCAUUUUGUCUGUCUGCCACUCUGAAUGACUCAGACUUCUAUAUGAUGUUCUCUGAUGGUAGACCUGAGUUCCAGCAGGUGGACGAGUGCUCAGAUCAUUCUUCUGCCAUGCUUCUGCGAUUACACGCAGACCACGUAGGCGCAUUUGGAGCCCCAGCUGCUAAUGCUCAUAUUGAUGGAUACUGACUGUGUUUUUUGCAUUCCAACCGUGUCGAUUUGUAGUUAUGGUGGUGAUGUACAAGAAUGAAAACAACUAGAGUAUCGGUCAUUUUAGUCCAUCGGUUCACGCCGAAAUAUUUUUUACAGGUUUUUUCCUUUAUUUGCAUGAAAUACAAAAAAGUAAAUAAGAGAACAACUGUCAUGCAGUCAUGCUAAUGGCUACUGAAGUGAGCUCCUUUUAGCUGAGUACAGUGCACUGUACAAUUUUGCUGUCUCAGACAACAACCACACAUCAUAACAUAAUUUACUGGUUUAGAAUCUCUUUGGCGGUCUUAGAAUCUAUAAUAUGACCAGUUUACCCAUAGCAGAUUUGAUGGCACUGCUGGCGUAGCAGUAUACUUUUUCGAUGGAUCCCAUGAGUUUGCUCAGAUGUAUUAGUGCAGCUACAAACACAGUAGUGCCACUGGCAUGUGAAUGAACUGCUGGAAUCACAUAAUGUUAAACACACUUCAUUUACAUGAACUAGCUGAUUGUUAUGUGAACACAUUUAGUAAUUCCAUAUUCUUCCACAACAUUGAAGUGCGGAUAUCUGGGCAAUACAGGUAAAUUGAUUGAUCUUGAAAGUACCCUGUGCACAUUUAAGUGAUCUCUGAACUAUUACUCAAGGUUAUUAGAGGGCACUUACAUUUCUUUACACAUAGUUUGUAUUAGGUUUAAAUAGUGUUUGUGUUAAUUUAUUGUGCUCCCAUUUGGUUUGGUGGCAAGUGUUACAAUGACUACUGCCUCUUUGUAGUCCUUGUAAACCUGAUAGAUUUAAUCAUGCAUCUUAUAUAAUCCCAAGUCUCAAAAUAGUGCAACAGUACACUAUAUCAUAUUUUUUGCAUCCUGAAAAGCAGAGAUAUCUGUUCCCUGCAGUUAUGCAUAGUGCAUAACUGGCCCUGCUCUUUAGGUGGGGAAAUGGCAUUUCUCCCCCAUGUGGUGAAAUCGUCAGUAUCUGUUAAGCCAAGCAAGAUAUCUAUGAAUUUGUGCAUGCAGAAGAGGCCAGUUAGCGCUUCCACUCAAGCAUGACCAACAGCUCAAAAAGAUGUGACGGCUUCACAUGCAAGCCAGACUAGAUGUGCCCAAGAAGCAGCUACUUUCACAGAAUUUGAUUGGCAAAAUAACCACAAGGAUAAUGAAUUUACUCGGGCUGUCAAAAUGAACACGUUGAUAACACCUUAACGCAAAUUCAUUUAACAGCAUCAAUUUUAUUAACGCUUGAUUAAUGCAGCGUGCAUUCCUGUUUCUCUUUCCUGUUAGGUUCUUUUUUGAAAAAUAAAUAAAUAUAAAAGAGAAAUUAAGAUCACAACACACAUUUUUUCACGAGUCCUUUUCUUUACUUGGAUAUAAAAAAAUUUACUACACCGAAAAAAGUUUUUAAUCACUAAACAUGCGAUCAAUCACGAUUAAAUAGGGUUUUUUUUUGUUGUGAUAUUAGUAUCAUUUACAUGAUACUAAUGUCUUCAAACACACUGUUUAACAACCUUUUAACAUUUUAUGUCGUUAUUUGUUUGUGCUCUGUAUUUGUCUCAUGCACUGAAAAGCGUAUUGUGUUAAAAUUAAAAUGAAUUUUUUAGGUUUAUUUUAUUAUUAGGGAGAAUAUCAUGUGAUUUAGUCAGUCCAAUUGUGUCUAGCUAAGUGUGCAAGAUGUAUUAGAGCAAAUGGUGUCAAAGAUAUGACCUGCAGGUCAGGCCUGACCCAGUGAAGGUUCUGCUCAGGCACACCAAAUGAAAUUAAAAUCCAUCUUCUAAGUUGAAAUCGUCUUAGUGACCAUAACUGAAUUGGAAGAUUGAAAAAAAGAAGCACAAGGCAGAAAAUAAAAUGAUAAUAUAUAAUUAUUUAUUAAUACUGUAAGCUAAAAAAUAGAUUCUGCAUCUAAUUUUUUUUUUAAAUAUCCAAAAUAACCAAUUUAUGUGUGAAUUGUUAUGCAUAUACAACCUGUUCAUUUCUAAGUGUGAAUAAACAUGAGUUUCAUUUUGUGAA